UCGACACAGUUUGGCCGAGCGAGAGGACAGGCGCUGGCGUAUGAUACUUUUUCAUUGAUUGAACCACAAUUGAUACAUAACGCGUAACUUUUCAUACAUUUUUUUCCGCAUCUAUCAGAUGCACACCUACUUUUUGCUAUUUUAGGAGGGUCGUUAUUUGCCAGUUAUGACUUUAUACUAAAUAACCGAUCUCCAAGAAAAACAGCAGUGCGUCUGUAGAGAGAAAGCAUCUUCUCAAGGCGUUGCAUUAGAGAGAUUCUCUUACCAAUAUCUGCAUGACUUUACUGGGAAUCAAUAUGACGACUGCAGUAGACACGAACAACACAGGUGGGGUAAUAUCAUACAUCGGAUCAUGUGGGGGCUCUCCCAACCGCACCAGCCCCAUUUCCAUGUACAGUGAAAAUUCCAACAGCAGUCUGCAGUCCCUUACACAACCCUGCUUCGGCUUUCCACCUUCCCCCAAUGGAUGCCAUGAUUCCUCACGCAUGUAUACCAGCAGCAGUAGCAGCAGCUCAAGUUCAGGAUCAGGAGAGGACGGAAACUCGUCAUGUUCUGGUGGAUCCCCAAGAGGUCGUGAUGAUGGUGGAAGUACACGCAGUUCACCCAGCAAAUCAGUUGCCACCCUUACUAAACUCAAUGGAAUGGUGUUGUUGUGCAAGGUGUGUGGGGAUGUGGCAUCCGGAUUUCAUUAUGGUGUCCAUGCCUGUGAGGGCUGCAAGGGUUUCUUUCGACGCAGCAUCCAGCAGAACAUCCAGUACAAAAAGUGCCUGAAAAAUGAAACUUGUACUAUUAUGAGGAUCAACCGGAACCGGUGCCAACAGUGCCGUUUCAAGAAGUGUCUGUCUGUGGGCAUGUCCCGUGAUGCUGUUCGUUUUGGCCGUAUCCCAAAACGUGAGAAGCAGCGCAUGCUGGCCGAGAUGCAGAACGCCAUGAACAAUAUGGUGAACAACCAGCUGCAGAAUGAAUUCCAGAUGGCGAGCAUCACAUCCAAUACCCCCUGUACUUCCUCAGCUUCUCCAUCCAUUUCCUCCUCUUCUUCAUCUCUGUGGCCAGGUCUUACAGUGGGGCCCCAACACCAGCCCCCUGCAGUGCCUGUAGCACCAUCUCCUUCCCCAGCCUCACCAUCAGUGCAACCGGCUCAGAGUCCUUCAACCCUUUCCUCUACUCCACCUAUGUGCACCAGCCCAGGUGUAGACACCACCAUCGCUGCCAUAACCAGGGCACACCGUGAGACCUUCACCUAUGCCCAUGAUAAACUAGGUCCAGCACUGAUGCCUCACAAUACUGAGCUGGACAAUCGAAGCAGCAAUCGCUGCAUGGCUGGCUACCACCUCAAUGGCCAUAACACCAUCUACCACCAUGAUAAUAAUGUUGCUCAUCAUCAUAAUAACUUUGAGGCACCACAAGACAAUAGCCAAUAUUUUCAGUCCUCCCCAACACCUGGACAGCAUCAGCAAGGAAUGCUUCACAAUAACAAUGGGCAGCAUCCUCCAAACAGUAAUAUCUACGGGGCCCACCAUGGUCAGGAGAUAAACAGCAGCUCCCAGGGUCAAAACUGCCCAUGGAAAAAACGCAAGGAGAUUUUGUUGGCUUGUCCAAUGAACAUGCAUCCGUUCUCAGACCCCAACAAAACACCCCAGGACAUUUGGGAAGACUUCUCUCUGAGCUUCACACCAGCAGUGCGAGAGGUGGUGGAGUUUGCCAAACACAUCCCAGGGUUCAGCACAUUAUCUCAGAAUGACCAGGUCACGUUGUUGAAGGCCGGCACAUUUGAGGUCCUCAUGGUGCGCUUCUGCUCUCUGUUUAACGUGAAAGAGAAGACUGUAACGUUCAUCUCUGGCACCACCUACAGCCUUGAGGCCCUGAAAAGCAUGGGCAUGGGUGAUCUGCUGGGUACCAUGUUCGACUUCAGUGAAAAACUUAACGCAUUAGAGCUCUCCCCAGAAGAGCUGGGACUCUUCACUGCAGUGGUGCUUGUAUCUGCAGACCGCUCUGGUAUUGAAAAUGUGAAUUCAGUGGAGAUGCUUCAGGAAAGUCUAAUCCGGGCCCUUCGAUCCCUCAUCAGCAAGAGCGCCCCUGGAGAUGCUUCCCGAUUCACAAAGCUGCUGCUCAAACUUCCCGACCUGCGCACACUGAAUAACAUGCACUCUGAGAAGUUGCUUUCCUUCCGCAUUGAUGCGUGAGCUCAAAGACUGCUGCCAUGAGAAGCACCACUGUUUGGCCUGAAAGACAGAAAGGAUACCAACACUGGUACCCUUUCCAAGAGAGCCCAUCAGAAAGCAAACUGAUGCCUCUGGUACUUCAAAGCAAUUAUUGACACAUUUGAAGGGACACUUUAGAUCAAAGUGUAAAAGGCUUUGAAUGGCCACUUAAUAGCCUUCACGGUCAGAGCAAUUAAAAGGGUUUUUGUUCCACUUUUAAUCAGACUUGAAAUGGGUGGCAAGAUUAAGUUAAUUCAAAAAGAAGAACAACUCGAAGGCACAAUUCCUCAAUAGCAGAGAAAAACUCAGAUUCCAACUGUAAAUAAAUAUGGGACCCUCAGAAAGCCAUAGGGAACAUGUGCAAAAUGCCUCUUUUAAAGGAUCUCCAGGCCACUUCCAGAGAAGAGACUAAAGACACUAGCUGCAAAAUAAUAGUGUCUCUUCAGACCCAGUCAGGCCUGGGUUCCUGCCACACACACACACACACUCAAGAGAUUAAAUGAUCAGUUUAACCAUAAUUGACAAGAUAUAUGGGGUAUUAUCCUCUGGACAUAUUCACAUCUCUUUGAAAAUUCAGUGUAAAUAUGAUAUAGAAAUAUACUAUAAAUGUUUUAAAAUGUAUAAUAUAUAUAUAUAUUUUGUAAAGUUCACAUGCUCAAUGCAAUUAUAUAUAUAUAUAUACGGGCAUAAAUAUUAAAGUUGAGUGUAUGCAUAUUAUAAUAGUACAACAUUGUACCAUGUAUUUCAGAUGUCU